AAAAAAACCAGUCGGCCUAAUGCCUUUGCGUGCAACACAGCAAAUGUGGACGUUUGGUAAUACAUGACAAGCACAGUUACAGCCUAUUCCAUGCUAUUUGCUUAGUGCGCGAAUUGCGCCAGGCACGUCUCAAGCGAAGGGCGUCACGCUCGUGGCCGGCAGGUGGCGAUCGAGACAUGCUAACGACCGGCGGGGGCUGCAUAUUGCGGACCCCCGCUGAGCUCCUCCUAGCGGCUUUGGAAGCGAAGUGUAACCACGGGCAGUCUUCGCAUGGGCUUGUUCUGCGAGAGCCCCCAGCAUCUGCAGGCUUGGUCGCCACUCGAGAUCGCCGAGCUACUCUUCGCUGGUCUUUGAAAUAUAAUCGCAAUUGCUAAUCACUGCAACGCAGUUCGUAACGCAGUUCCUCGGUUUCAUCAGUAAAACGCAGCCCAGCUGCAAUAAUAGACCGUCUGAAGGAAUCACUAAGAACAAUAGAGUCAGUGUCAAGUAAAUAGUGAAAUACCGGGAUUUUUAGAAGAUGGUUAAACUGGGAAUUAAUUUACAAGACAAAGGCAGCAAACCGGCCAGCGCGGAGGAUGGAUUUCAGACUGUGCCGCUCAUCACGCCCCUGGACGUGAACCAUCUACAAUACCCGGCGCCAGAUAAGGUCGUGGUCAAGACCAGAACUGAGUAUCAGACUGACCAGAAGAAUAAGGGCAAGCUGAAGCUUCCAAAGGUGGAGGAACUGACCAUAAGCUUCAACGAUGGCGUGUCAGAAAGACUUAAGGUCACCAUCCUCAUUGUGCUGGCCCUGGCGUUCCUGGCCUGCAUCGUUUUCCUCGUGGUUUAUAAGGCCUUCACCUACGACCCCAGCUGCCCCGAUGGUUUUGUGUACAAGCAUAAGCGCUGUAUACCUGCCUCACUGGAGGCUUACUAUACCGCGCAGGAUCAGAACACCAGGGGGCGCUUCUAUACAGUUAUUAGUCACUACAGCAUGGCGAGGCAGGCUACCGCCCACUCAGCUUCGCCUUGGCUCUCUGCCUCCGCCCAACACAAUCCCAAACCGCCAAUCAAGGACGGCCAGUGAGUCUCAGCCGAAAAACGACAUCUUUCAUGCGACGCGUUCGCUGUGGACACAUCGCCUGUGAGGACAGCUACCCAUCUGUGUAACCUAUGUCUCUUUAGUCUUCAAUUUAUUUAUUGUUAUUGUUGUUUAUAGUUGUUUUUUUUUUUGUUAAAGUUGGAACAACGUUUUUGCAAAAGCAUGAACUUAAUGUUAAAAUGUAUAAAUAAUUAUGUUUUUUUUUUUUUUUAUCCACAGCUGAAUAUAUCUGAGUACCUGUUUCAUCUCUGGGUUGUUAUUGGUAGGACUGUAGUAGAAAAGUGAAAGGUGGAUUGAAUUAUAAUCUGUUCUUUUUACUAGUGAUGGACAAAAUGACUCCACAUAAACCAUUUGCGGUAUUUGUCACAUCACUUGAUGGUGCUCCUGGUUUGCCUUGGGGCAUGCUUUAUGCCCUUUUUUGAACAGACAGCACCAUCUAGUGGGGUCAAAAAAUAUAGCAAAUGGUUCAUCAAGCAUCAUUUCAUCCAUCACUACUUUUUACCAAAUCAUCUGGAAAUGUCUUUGUCUAAAAGAGAUUUCUUUUUCAUUCCACAAUGCCCACCUGUUCAGGAUGGUUUAAGACCAAUUAGCCAUAUAUGCCAGCUGGAUUAAGUUGUAGAUGUAAUUUUCAGUAUGAGUAAUUGAGUUUAGGAUGGUUAAUAAUAAUGGUACCUUGAUUUGUAUGUAAUAUAUGUAAAAACAUCUUGGUAGUUUUGUCAUGUUCUGUCUUUGCAUUGUAUAUUGUUAGAACUGUACAUGUUUCUCUGGAAGUGUGGGAUUUGUUUAAAGGUGCCAAAGGAGAAAUGUUAAACCAGAUACAAAAUGCUAGUAAUGAUGGUUUAGGAGAGCCAAGGGUUCAAACAAUCAAGUUUAACUGAACGGACCUUUUAAACGAUCACUUUGCAGGCUCAGUUUCUUUAGCCAAGUUAAUUAAAAAUGAUCAUUUAAGUUGAGUUUAAAGCGAACAACUUUCUCAAUAUGCGUGGUGUCAUGUAUCCAUAUUUAGCAGUCUUGAGAGUUUUUAAGCUUGUGUCUCUUUAUUACAAAUAAAAAUAGUGUGUCCAAUGUACCUUAUAAGUC